CUCUGAAUACGGGUGCUGCUGAGUGCUCUUCAGCUGUGGCAACCCUGAACCUUUUUCUUCGCGAAACAGUGCGAAAACAAUGAUGGUGAUCAAUAAACAAGCUCACCAAAAAUUUUUGGGUUUUGUUAAAUAUCUCCACAUAGAUUCCUGGAAACAUAUUCGGUACAAGCAUACGAAUGUUUUACAACGUACGACAUCAAGUUUAAAGAAUUCUUUUGGAAUAAAAACAAGCUGCGAAAAUAGAAAUGGUCAUGUUGUGAACGAUGAAAAAUACACAAGUGAAGUAACUUCUGCGGAUAUAAACAUUACGAAAAACUUCUCAAGUCGAUUGGAUUGUGAACAAAUAGCGUCAUCUAACUGGUCAGCGAAAAUAGUCAACAGUUCUCCCUUGAAACUACAACCUUAUAUGAAGCUUAUGAGAAUUGAUAAGCCUAUAGGUUCCUGGUUAUUGUUUUGGCCUUGUAGCUGGAGUAUUGCUAUGGCUGCUGCACCGGGUACUUUUCCAGAUAUUGAAAUGCUCAGUUUAUUUGGUUUGGGAGCUUUUGUGAUGCGUGGAGCUGGCUGCACUAUUAAUGAUAUGUGGGAUCGAAAUAUUGACAAAAAAGUUGCCAGAACGAAAAGUCGGCCUUUGGUAGUUGGUGAUGUGACGACAUUUCAAUGUUUGAUGUUCCUUGGAGGACAGCUCAGUAUCGGGCUUGCUAUACUCCUACAGCUGAACUGGUAUAGUGUUUUAUUGGGUGCAAGUUCACUAGGACUUGUUGUUAUCUAUCCACUCAUGAAAAGGGUCACUUAUUGGCCUCAAUUAAUCCUUGGAAUGGCUUUCAACUGGGGUGCAUUAUUAGGUUGGUCAGCAAUUCAUGGGACUUGUGAGUGGUCAGUUUGUUUGCCCCUUUAUACAGCUGGUAUUUGUUGGACGAUAAUAUAUGACACUAUUUACGCUCACCAGGAUAAAGUUGAUGACAUUGUUCUUGGGAUAAAGUCAACAGCCUUGAAAUUUGGAGGUAAUACAAAUCUAUAUUUGUACUGUUUUGGAGCUUCAAUGAUUACAAGUUUGAUAACAUCAGGAAUUAUGUACGAUCAAUCUUGGCCAUACUAUGCAUCUGUAGGGUUAGUAGGUGGCCAUUUAAUAAAUCAGGUCCUGAACUUACAAAUCGAAAAUCCUACCGAUUGUGCACGAAAGUUUAAGUCUAACAACACCGUAGGUUUAUUCCUAUUUAUUGGAAUAAUGUUCGGUAAUUUAGUUAAAAAAAAACCGAACAUUGAAGAAAAGUGAAAAUAAGUUAAUUAACCAAAGAUAACUAACUCAUUAGCUAUUUGAAUAAAAUUACACUGAACAGAAGAAAAAAAUAAAUGUAAAUAUAGGCUUUCUCUGUUAAUAAAUAUUUUUCACAGUCAAACGACAAUUUUUGACAAUAUCAUUAUCGUCGAUUAAAAAUUUCGCAAUUCUACGAUUUCCGUGCGACGGAAUUUCUUAAAAGAGGCAAGAGGUGCAGUCGUUUGUUACGAAAUUAGGUCUAGGCAAGGUCCUUAGAUGAAUUACUGGGUUAGACAGGUCAUCCGAAGGGGUGCGUGAACCUGGCCUGCAUAAGUCCUAGAAAAUUAUCUAGGAUACUCAUUAGAAGCGUCUUGAUUUG